AUGAGUCGGAGAGCUGAUCCGGCCGACCAGAACCAUUGCGGGCCGCAUGCCACCGUGCCGGCCGCGGUUGACUUUGCCGCAAAAGAGGGACCAGUGGACGGAAGGCAGAGGGCAGGGUUCGGUAGCUGCAAGCUGAGGUACAGCUUGCAAGACGCCACGGCGGUAGGCCUGCACAACGAGGAGCGCCGCAGUGUCCAAAAAAAAACCCGAGAUCUCGCCAGCGUGCCGACCUAA